CGGCGUCGCCAUCCUUUCCCCCACCAGUACCCCCUGUAGGCCAAAUGAGAGGCAUGGCUGAGCAUGGAGGGCUAAGGGAGGUGCGGUGGAGCUGCUGGUGGCUGAGGGAGGCUUGAGGUGGCGGCUGGAGCCGUGGGUGGCAGCGUACGGCUCGGUGGCACUGCAGAACCCGUAUGGGUGAAACCCAUUUCCGGGAAAGAGAGGGAGAGGGCUGCCAUGCUCAAAGAGUCUAAGGGGGAGGUCAAGGGGCUCGGUGGUGCUCGACGGUGGGGCUGGAGGUUGACGACGGGGGCGGUAGCAGCGGCAAACCAUUAGGAGAACCCAUUUCGGGUUUCGCGUGGGGGCUUCCGGAUGGGCCUCAACAAGUACGGUCCCGCUGGAAACGGUAUAGCGUCUGCCGAUGAGGCCAAAUCUGUCGAGAAGACGGCAUUCGAUAUCAAGCUCGAGAAGUUUGACGUGGCGUCCAAGAUUAAGAUAAUAAAGGAGGUGAGGACGUUCACGGAUUUGGGUCUGAAGGAGGCCAAGGAGUUGGUGGAGAAAGCGCCCGUGGUGUUGAAGAAGGGACUCACCAAAGAGGAGGCCGAUUCCAUUGUUGCCAAGUUCAAGGACUUGGGUUCUACUGUGGUAUUGGAAUGACAAUUAUUAUUAUUUUUAACUUUUCGGAUUUAGUCUUUUGAUGUAGAAUAAUGGCGUCUUAGAUUAAUGGGAAAUGAGAAUUUUGUUAGUGGGAACUGUUAUCGGGUGCUUUUAUAUGAUCCCAGUUUUACUGAGAAUGAUUCUCUCCAAAUUUGUGCUUGUCGUGCUAUAUUGAAAGUGAAAAAUCUCAAUUCUUCGUUUGCCUGAGCAUAUCACAAAUA